CUCGCGCCUUCAGCCGCCUCCAUAAGCUUCCUCUGACUCGUCCUGUCCGAGGGCGGGCCUUGGCCCCCGUGCUGCUUCCUAUACUCCCCCACCAGCCAGUCCGCGACGCGCUUAUCGAAGUCGUUCCCGCCCAAGGUCGCGUCCCCAAAGGUGCUGAGGACCUCCACCACCCCGUCCCCCACUUCCAAGACGCUCACAUCGAAGGUGCCCCCCCCCAGGUCAAACACCAUGAUCAGUUCGUCCUCCCCCAACAUGCGGUCCAGCCCGUAGGCCAGGGCGGCCGCCUCGGGUUCCCGCAACAAUUUGAUCCGUUGCAAGCCCGCCAAUGCCCCCGCACGCUCCGUGGCCGCGCAUUGAGCCGGUGUGAAGUAUGCGGGCACGGUGAUGACCGCCCUGUUCACGGGCUGUUCCAAGUAUGCAGCCGCGUCCCCAAGGAGGGUCUUCAAAAUCUCGGCCGACACCUCCUCGGGGGUCACCUCCCUACCCAGGGCCGGACAGCGCAUGGCCACACAGGCCCGGACGCCCCCCUCGUCCUCCCCGCCGGCAUCCUCCACCGUCCGUCGCACCAGGUUCAGCGACCCCAAGAUCUCCUUCUCCUGCAGCAUCUCCUCCAGGCCCCGGCCCAUGAGCCGCUUCACCGACGAGAACGUGUUGUCCGAGUCCGCCACAGCCACGGCCCGCGCGGCCUCCCCCACCACCACCUCCUUGCCCCGGAACCGGACCACCGAGGGGGUGAGCGCGGCCCCCGUGGUUCUGGACGGCAAGAUCAAGGCCUUCCCGUCUUUGACAAGGGAGAGGGCCGAGUUCGUCGUCCCCAGGUCGAUGCCCACACACGCCCCUACCGACUUCAUCACCGCCACCUCCUCCUCGCUCAAACGUCCCACCGACAGAGGCACCUGCAACCCUCCCC